AUGCAGGAGAGUAAGUGCGGAGGAGGACGGCUCCUGCAGCUGUUUCUGCUGGCCCAGCUGUGUCUCUGCGCCCUACUCGGAGAAGCCGCAGAGGUUCUGGACAGCGGAGAGGUUCGACCCACCGAACCCAGAACCAGCAGAGCCAAAAGGAGGGGAGGGACGGACGUGCUCGGAGGACCCAACGUGUGCGGCUCAAGGAACAAUGCUUAUUGCUGCCCAGGCUGGAAGACUCUGACUGGGGGAAACAAGUGCAUUGUCCCCAUAUGUCGCAGCAGUUGCGGAGAUGGUUUCUGCUCCAGACCCAACUUGUGCACCUGCCCCACUGGCCAAAUCGCCACAACUUGUGGAUCCAAAUCAGUCCAGCACUGUAGCAUCCGCUGCAUGAAUGGGGGCUCAUGUGCUGAGGACCACUGCCUCUGUCAGAAAGGCUACGUGGGAAACCACUGUGGUCAACCGGUGUGUGAAAAUGGCUGCCUUAAUGGAGGAAGGUGUGUGGCUCCCAACAGAUGUGUGUGUACCUACGGCUUCACCGGAGCUCAGUGCGAGAGAGACUAUCGGACGGGUCCAUGCUUCGCCUCAGUGAACAAACAGAUGUGUCAAGGGCAGAUCACUGGCAUUGUGUGCACAAAGACUUUGUGCUGUGCCACAGUAGGACGGGCAUGGGGUCACCCUUGCGAAAUGUGCCCAGCCCAGCCUCACCCUUGCCGGAGAGGCUUUAUACCAAACCACCGCACAGGAGCAUGCCAAGAUGUGGAUGAGUGCCAGGCAAUCCCUGGCAUCUGUCAGGGAGGAAACUGUAUCAACACUGUGGGAUCCUUUGAAUGUAAAUGUCCCGCUGGGCAUAAAUUCAAUGAGAUUUCACAGAAAUGUGACGAUCUUGAUGAGUGUUCCAACAUUCCGGGUGUCUGUGGCAUCGGUGAAUGCUCCAACACUGUCGGCAGCUACUUCUGCAAGUGUCCUCAGGGCUACUAUGCUACACUGGAUGGCUCCAGGUGUAUAGAUGCUCGUGGAGGUUACUGUUUCGCCAGCUUGCUGAACGGGCGCUGUGCCAACCAAAAUUCACAGCUCUUGACCAAAAUGCAGUGCUGCUGUGAUAGCGGGCGAUGCUGGUCCGAUGGCUCUGUCCCAGAAAUGUGCCCGAUUCGUGGAGCAGAAGAGUACCAGAAACUGUGCAUCCAGUUCCCCGAUGUUAACGGUGGGGGCAACAUACCUGGACGUGGACCCGGGGGUCCGGACUUCCCAGGAAUAUACCCAUAUAACCCAGGCCAAACAGGCCCAGGAGAUGGACCAGGACCGGGUCGGACACCGGGUCGCCUCCCAGAAUUUCCGCCGGGUCGAACCCCACAAGGCCCAGAUUUUCCAGGACAACUACCCAUACAGCCUCCUCCAGAUGGGCCUGGACUUAUCAUCCAGACCCAGAAUAUCACCAACAUUUGCCACGCCUAUCGCAACCUCUGCCCAAAUGGCCGAUGUAUCCCCCUGCCGGGCGUUAAUUACCGCUGCGAGUGCAACAUGGGCUUCACACUGGACCUGAGGAACGUGUGCAUUGAUGAGGAUGAAUGUGAGAGAAGCCCUUGCGUGCACGGAGAAUGUGUAAACACCCCCGGGUCUUACAUGUGUCGAUGUCCCGUGGGAUUCCAGUCCACAGCAACCAAGACCGAGUGCCGAGAUCUGGACGAGUGUGUCGCCAAUGGUCGCAUCUGCAACAACGGUCGCUGUGCCAACACAGAGGGCAGCUUCCACUGCGUCUGCAACGCUGGCUUUGAGCUCUCAGCUGAUGGCAAAAACUGUCAAGACCAAGAUGAAUGUCUCAUUCGAAACAUGUGUCUCAACGGACUGUGCAUCAAUGAGGAUGGCAGCUUCAAAUGCAUCUGUAAACCUGGCUACCUUCUUGCUUCCAGUGGGCGCAUGUGCAUAGACAUUGAUGAAUGUGAGACUCCCGGUAUGUGUAUGAACGGCCACUGUGUCAACACGGAGGGAUCUUUCCGCUGCGAAUGCAUGUCAGGGAUGGCAGUUGGCCUGGACGGACGGGUCUGUGUUGACACACACAUGCGCAGCUCAUGUUAUGGCGGUUACAAGCGAGGCCAGUGUGUUCGGCCUUUAUUUGGAGCUGUGACCAAAUCUGAGUGCUGCUGUGCCAGCAUUGAGUACGCCUACGGGGAGCCCUGCCAACCUUGUCCACCACAAAACUCUGCUGAGUUCCUGGCUUUGUGUCCAAAUGGCAUCGGCACAACUGGAGAUGGAAGAGAUAUUAAUGAAUGCGCACUUGAUCCCGAUGUGUGCCAGAAUGGCGUGUGUGAGAACGCGCUAAGAACGUACAAAUGUGCCUGCAAUGUAGGUUUUGAGGUCGACCUGACGGGCAAAAACUGUGUCGAUAUUGAUGAAUGUCUAAUGAACAGUCAGUUGUGUGACAAUGGCCUAUGCAGAAACACACCGGGAAGUUUCACCUGUCAGUGUCCUAAAGGAUUCAAUUUCAAUCCGGAAAAAGACAUCUGUGAAGAUGUGGAUGAGUGUUUGUCUAGCCCAUGUGUGAAUGCAGACUGCGUGAACAGCAAAGGGUCCUUUGUGUGCUUGUGUUCAACGGGUAGUUCACUAGACAACACAGGGCUUGAGUGUAUUGAAACAAGCAAAAGCACUUGCUGGCUGAAAAUGAUAAAUGAUCGCUGUGAAGUCAACAUCAAUGGCGCAACGCUCAAGUCUCACUGCUGUGCCACACUCGGAGUAGCCUGGAACAGCCCUUGUGCCAAAUGUGAAAAAGAUCCCAUCUGUGGUAAAGGCCUCGCGAGAGUCCGAGGAAAUGUGUGUGAAGAUGUGGAUGAAUGUGAAGUCUUUCCAGGAGUGUGUAUCAAUGGCAAGUGUGUUAACACACAUGGCUCCUUUUUCUGUCAAUGUCCUCACGGAAUGACGGUUGAUAUCAGCGGUAGAACGUGUAUUGACUUGCGCACAGAGCAGUGCUACCUAACGCAUGAGGAUGAACGCUGUGGAGCUCCUAUUGCGGGCAAACACCGCGUGGAUGCUUGUUGUUGCUCAGUGGGAGUGGCCUGGGGCCCAGAGUGUGACGAAUGUCCAGAGAAAGGUACUCCCGAGUAUGCUCAGCUGUGCCCUCGUGGACCAGGCUUCUCCCAUCGUGGUGAUGUCAUCAAUGGAAGACCCUUUCUUAAAGAUAUAAACGAGUGCAGAAUGAUAAACACGCUUUGUUCAAACGGGAAGUGUAGGAACACCAUCGGAAGCUUCCGUUGUCGGUGUGAUAAUGGCUACGCGUUGGAUUCGGAUGAGAGAAACUGCACUGACAUCGACGAGUGCCGCAUCUCUCCCGACUUGUGUGGACAGGGGCGCUGUGUCAACACUCCAGGAGACUUUGAAUGCGAGUGUUUUGAAGGAUAUGAGAGUGGCUUCAUGAUGAUGAAAAACUGCAUGGACAUUGACGAGUGUGAACGCAAUCCCCUGCUAUGUCGGGGAGGCGAUUGCGUCAACAACGAAGGCAGCUUCCAGUGCGUGUGCCCCGACGGACACGAGAUCGCUCCCGAUGGCUCGGCCUGUCUAGACAUCAAUGAAUGCGAACUGAGCGACAGGCUUUGCAGGCACGGCCAAUGUGUCAACAUGAUUGGACGCUACCAGUGUGUCUGUGACACAGGUUACAAAUCUACCGAGGACCGACUGGACUGUGUGGACAUUGACGAGUGCACCAUUGAAAAUGGAGGGUGUGAAGCUUUUUGCACUAACUCAGAGGGCAGUUACGAAUGUAGCUGCCAUAGUGGAUAUGCUCUGAUGCCCGAUCAGAGAAGCUGCACAGACAUUGAUGAGUGUGAGGAGAGUCCAGACAUCUGCGACGGAGGCCAGUGUACCAACACGCCAGGGACUUACCAGUGUCUCUGCUUCGAUGGCUUCAUGUCAUCUGAGGACAUGAAGACCUGCCUGGAUGUGGAUGAGUGUGAGCUCAACCCCAACAUCUGUCUGAGUGGUAACUGUGAGAACACAAAGGGAUCCUUCAUCUGUCACUGUGAGCUGGGGUACUCAGUACGAAAAGGAACCACAGGCUGCACAGAUAUCAAUGAGUGUGAAAUUGGAGCGCACAACUGUGAUAGACAUGCAACGUGCACCAAUACAGCAGGUAGCUUCAAAUGCAACUGCGCUCCUGGAUGGAUUGGCGAUGGAAUUAAAUGCACAGACCUGAAUGAGUGUGCCAACGGGACACACCAGUGCAGCAACAACGCCGAAUGUCUCAACACUAUGGGCUCGUACCGUUGCGCAUGCAAGGAAGGAUUUUCUGGGGACGGCUUCUAUUGCACAGACAGUGACGAGUGCGCAGAGAAUGGAAAUCUAUGUGAGAGUGGCCACUGUCUGAACAUGCCUGGUGGCUACCGGUGUGAAUGCGACAUGGGCUUCAUCCCCACCGCUGAUGGCAAAGCUUGUGAGGACAUAGAUGAAUGUAGCUUUGCUGACAUCUGUGUCAAUGGACGCUGCAAGAACAUUCCAGGCCUUUUCAGAUGUGAAUGUCAAAUUGGCUAUGAGCUAGACAGCAGUGGAGGAAACUGCACAGACAUCAAUGAAUGUGCAGACCCAACCAUUUGCAUUAAUGGAGUUUGUGUUAAUAUACCUGGAAGCUACCAUUGUAAUUGCCCCACUGACUUUGAACUUAACCCAACUAGGGUGGGAUGUGUUGACACUCGUUCAGGAAGCUGCUUCCGGGACGUGCGCCAACGAGGAGACUCAUCGGAGAGCUUGGACUGCUCCAAUGAGAUUGGAGUUGGGGUUUCGAAGGCCUCUUGUUGCUGUUCUCUGGGCCACGCUUGGGGAAAUCCGUGUGAAUUGUGCCCACCUCUAAACUCAACGGGGUAUAAGACCCUGUGUCCAGGUGGCGAAGGCUUCAGACCCAAUCCCAUCACUGUCAUCUUGGAAGACAUCAAUGAGUGCCAGGAACUUCCAGGCUUGUGUCAGGGAGGAGAAUGCAUCAAUACCUUUGGGAGCUUUCAGUGUGAAUGUCCGAGAGGAUUUGCAUUGAACCAAGAGACCAGGGUCUGUGAAGAUAUCAACGAAUGUGAGAAUCCAGGAAUAUGCGGGCCAGGCCAGUGCUACAACACCAUCGGAAACUAUACCUGCAUCUGUCCUGUGGACUACAUGCAAGUCAAUGGAGGCAACAAUUGCAUGGAUAUGAGGAAAAGUUACUGCUACAGGAACUUUUACUCUGACAACAGAACAUGUGAUGGAGAGCUUACCUUCAACAUGACCAAAAAGAAGUGCUGCUGCGCCUACAACAUUGGUCGUGCAUGGAAUAAACCUUGUGAACAGUGUCCUGUGCCCAGCAGCGACGAAUUUGCCAUCCUGUGCGGCAGCGAAAGGCCGGGAUACUAUAUCGACAUCACAACUGGACGAGUUGUUGAUAUUGACGAAUGCAGGGAAAUACCAGGUGUGUGCGAAAAUGGAGUAUGCAUCAACAUGAUUGGUAGCUUCCGAUGCGAGUGCCCCAUAGGCUUCAUCUACAAUGAUAAGCUACUGAUUUGUGAAGAUAUUGAUGAGUGUCAGAAUGGGCCUGUGUGCACACAGAAUGCAGCCUGCUUAAACAUGCCCGGAAGCUAUCGCUGCGAGUGCAAAACUGGAUAUCGGCUUACUCCGACAGGACAAUGCCUAGAUCGUAAUGAAUGUUCGGAGAACAUCGGUGUUUGCAAUCCUGGUCAGUGCAUCGACACAGUGGGAAGCUACCGCUGCAUCUGCCCCAACGGAUAUAAAACCACCCGGGACCAGUCUAUGUGUGUUGACACGGACGAGUGCGCGCUACAACCUUGCGGCAACGGGACCUGUAAGAACACUGUGGGCUCGUACAAUUGCCUCUGCUAUCCUGGAUUUCAGAAUUCACACAACAGUGACUGUAUAGAUAUUGAUGAGUGCUCUAGCCAGAGGGGUCUCUGUCGUAACGGCCAGUGUGUGAAUACAGUGGGUGACUUCCUCUGCGUGUGCAGAGAUGGUUAUGAAAUUUCGCCAGACGGCAGACUGUGUGUAGAUAUAAACGAAUGUGUGGUAAACCCCAACACAUGCGGAGUUGGGACUUGUCUGAAUUUGGAUGGUUCACACAGAUGCAUUUGCCCACCUGGGUAUUAUCUCCAUGAGGAAACCUGUGAAGACAUUGACGAGUGUUCGCAGUCACCCGAGAUCUGUAUGUUUGGAACCUGCUCCAACACUGAGGGAAGUUUCACCUGUUUGUGCCCUGAGGGAUUCCAACUGUCUGCCUCUGGACGCAGAUGUUUAGAUGUACGCAUCAACUACUGCUAUACAAAGUUUGAAAAUGGGCACUGCCAGGUUCCAAAGCCUCAGAAUACUUCCAAAGAAGAAUGUUGCUGUACUGGAAUGCCUGGUCAAGGCUGGGGAGAUCCCUGUGAAAUCUGCCCUGGCAAGACAGAAGAGGGGUAUAGUGAUCUCUGUAAAAAUAAGGGAUAUCAACGUGGACUGGAUGAGGUUCCAAAAGAUAUUGACGAAUGCAUUAAUAACCCCUGUCAAAACGGCCAGUGCAUCAACACAGACGGUUCUUUCCGUUGUGAAUGUCCAAUGGGCUACAACCUAGACAUCAGUGGAGUUACUUGUGUAGACACUGAUGAAUGUGAUAUUGGCAACCCCUGCGGAAACGGCACAUGCACAAAUGUGAUUGGAGGUUUUGAGUGUGCAUGCGAGGACGGCUUUGAGCCUGGUCCCAUGAUGACCUGUGAAGACAUCAACGAGUGUGCUCAGAAUCCUCUGCUGUGUGCAUUCCGCUGUGUUAAUGUCGUGGGCUCCUACGAAUGUAAAUGUCCAACAGGAUAUGUGCUGCGUGAAGAUAAGAGGAUGUGUAAAGAUCAGAAUGAAUGUGAAGAUGGUCUAGAUGAUUGUGCCAGCAGAGGAAUGACCUGCAAAAACCUUAUUGGUACAUUUAUGUGCAUAUGCUCACCUGGAUACACACGCCACCCGGGUGGAGAUGGUUGCAUCGAUCUGAACGAAUGUGCAGCCAAACCGGGCAUCUGCAAGAACGGACGUUGUGAGAACACAGUGGGAAGCUAUCGUUGCCGAUGUGAUCAGGGAUUCGUAUCUAACCCCACACAAACAGAAUGCAUCGAUAACCGCGAGGGUCACUGUUUUACCGAGGUUCUGACGACUCUGUGUCAGAUGACAUCCAGUAACAGAAACAUGGUAACCAAGUCAGAGUGUUGCUGUGACGGAGGCAGGGGCUGGGGCAACAACUGUGAGCUUUGCCCGCUGCCUGGGACCUCCCAAUUCAAGAAAAUGUGUCCUCUGGGACCGGGGUACACAACUGAUGGCAGAGAUAUUGACGAGUGUCGCGUCAUGGGGAACUUGUGCAAGAACGGCCAGUGUGUCAACUCUCUAGGCUCAUACAAAUGCAUCUGCAAGAAUGGCUACACCACAGACAUCACUAGCACCAAGUGUGUGGAUGUGGAUGAGUGCAUACAGGCACCAAAGCCUUGCAACUUUAUCUGUAAGAACACAGAGGGAGGAUAUCUGUGCUCCUGCCCUCGCGGAUACAUCCUACAGGAAGACGGGAAGAGCUGCAGAGACUUGGACGAGUGCUCGACAAAACAGCACAACUGUCAGUUCCUGUGCGUGAACACAAUUGGCGGGUUCACUUGCAAAUGUCCACCUGGCUUUACCCAGCAUCACAGCGCCUGCAUUGACAACAACGAAUGUUCAACAGACCCGAAUCUUUGUGGCGUCAACGGUGUUUGCCAGAACACUCCAGGGAGUUUCAACUGCGACUGCCAGCGCGGGUUCUCUUUAGACCCCAAUGGACAGAGCUGUGAAGACAUGGACGAAUGUGACGGUAACCACAGGUGUCAGCAUGGCUGUCAGAACUUGGUGGGCGGGUACAGGUGCAGCUGUCCACAAGGUUAUCUUCAGCACUACCAGUGGAACCAGUGUGUUGAUGAGAAUGAGUGUCAGAACAGUCAAAUCUGCGGGGGAGCAUCGUGCCACAACACUCUGGGAAGCUUCCGCUGCCUCUGCCCCACAGGCUUCAACUACGAACAGGCUUCCGGAGGCUGCUCGGACGUCAACGAGUGCUCAACCGCACAGAACCCUUGCAAAUUCGGGUGCUCCAACACAGACGGGGGCUACCUCUGCGGUUGUCCCAAUGGAUACUACAGGGCGGGACAAGGGCACUGCGUCUCAGGGCUAGCCUUUGGUGGUGGUGACCAAAGUGCUGGACAGGGAGGAGAGGGGGAUGAAAAUUCUCUGUCUCCCGAGGCCUGCUAUGAGUGCAAAAUCAACGGCUAUCCCAAGAAGGGUCGCAAACGACGCAGCGCCAAUUCAACUCAGGAUGAGCUAGCAGAUGACAUGCAGACAUCUGAGAAUGAGGUGAUCAGCUUGGCCAGCAUGGACAUUGAGGACACCCUCCACCUCCACCUGAACAUCAGCGAACUGAACAACCGCGACCGAAUCCUGGAAUUCACGCCGGCGUUGUCCGCCCUCAGCGACCACGUGCGCUAUAGCAUCGACUAUGGGAACGAAGGGGGCUACUUCAAGAUCAACCAGAGGGAGGGCGUGAGCUACCUACACCUGAGCAAGAAGAAAACCUUGGCUCCGGGGGCAUACGACCUUCAGAUCAGCAGCGUCCCCCUGUACAGGAAGAAGGAGCUGACGGAGCUGGAGGAUCAACACGAUAAAGACUACCUCACAGGGCAGCUGGGGGACAUUCUGAGGAUGAAGGUGCAAAUCAUCCUGCAUUAA